AUGAGAUCCAUAAAGUGCGUGAUCAUCGGGGAUGGGGCUGUCGGUAAAACGUCCCUGCUUAUAUCGUACACCACAAACACGUUCCCGACAGACUACGUGCCAACGGUAUUCGAUAACUACACAACUACCAUCUCGGUCAAGCCAGCGGGGCCAAGUGCGUCGCCGAAGAACAGCACUGUGUCCGCCUCACAGGCGAAGAACGCCGCACCGGCCUCCGCUUUGCAAAAUGAACAGCACUUCAAGUUGAAUUUGUGGGAUACUGCGGGGCAAGAGGAGUACGAUAGGCUGAGACCGCUGUCGUACCCGCAGACAGACAUCUUCCUCAUCUGUUUCUCAGUCUCAGAACAGUCCAGUUUCCAAAACGUGAGGGAGAAGUGGCUCCCAGAACUGAUGCAGCAUGCAAACAUACAGUCCUCGGACUUCUACGUCAAGCACAACCAGUACCCGAUCCUCCUCGUGGGGACAAAGGCCGAUUUGAGAGAUGACCCGAAGGAGGAGCAGAAACUGAAGGAUAUGAAUACAGAUUUCGUACAGCAGGAACAAGUACAGAAGAUGGUUCAAGAGGAACGGUUUUUAGGGUACGUGGAGUGUUCAGCGGUGACUCAGUCCGGUAUUAACGAGAUUUUCCAAACCGCUGUCAGGAGAAUCGCGUUCCCACCCACAACAACAACAACACAGGAGACGCUGGAUCAACAAGGUAAAGCGGGGACCCCCAGUAUACUGUCGGAUAGGCAACAGAAGACAGCGACGCCUGCACCUAUGGGUGGUGGGACCGAGAAGGUGGACCCAACGGUGAAGAACGACAACGAGAAGAAAAAGAGUGUACCAAAGGUGGCACCCGCCACUAAGACGGAAAGUGACACGACACCCGCGGUAAAGACGCAGCAUACACGGAAACAGGGGCCCGCAACGGGACACACGGCCAGUAGGACGGGGAAAAAGAACACUGCCCCGGAUAAGAAGAAGUCGAAGAAGAGUAAGAAGAAAUUUAAGUGUACUAUACUGUAA